AUGCGUUUGAAACAAUCAAGAGGAAGCUCGCCUCCGCUGAAGUACUCACCCAUUAUGAUCCACGGAAGGACAUAUUUCUGGCGGUGGAUGCUUCUUCGAAAGGUAUUGGGGGCCGUCAUCUAUCAUCGCAUCAACGGCGAAGACCGACCGAUUGCGCACGCUUCGAAGACACUGACACCAGCCCAGACAAAAUAUGCUCAAAUAGAACGGGAAGCCCUUGCUAUUAUUUUUGGCGUCCGAAAAUUUCAUCAGUAUUUGUGGGGACGGAAGUUUACACUCUUCACCGACCACAAGCCGUUAACUGUAAUUUUUGGACCCUCAAAGGGCAUUCCCGCGACAACGGCGAGUCGUCUGCAACGGUGGGCCAUCAUUCUAAUGAGCUACGCGUUCGACAUACAGUUUAAACCGACGACGAACAUCGCAAAUGCAGAUGGCCUGUCUAGGUUGCCCGAAGGCGCCGAUCUGGAGUUCGAUCAGCAAAUGGAAGAAGGUAUUUUCAACGUUGUGGACAAGGAGAUUAAUGCGGUGCAGGAUUUUCGCAUGCACACUCUUCCUGUCAGAGCUAAGCAGAUUGCUGAGGCGACUCUUCAGGAUCGAUACUUGAAGCAAGUAAAAGAGUACAUUGCAAGUGGCUGGCCCGAACGCGUAGAACAGGAGUUGGUUCCGUACUGGCAACGACGAGCUGAACUUACAACACACCGUGAGUGCGUUCUUUGGGGCCUACGCACCGUUAUACCUCAAAAGUAUCGCGCAGCCCUUCUGGAUACGCUCCACGAGUGUCAUGUAGGACAAAAUAAAAUGAAGAUGUUGGCUCGCUCAUAUCUGUGGUGGCCAGGGCUGGACAAAGACAUUGAAUCCAGAGUGAGAGGUUGCGAUCAAUGUGCGUCCGUUGCAGCGCAAGAGGUUCCUGUGCCACUUCACCAAUGGGAGCCGCCGGAUAAGCCGUGGUAUCGUCUGCACGCAGAUUUUGCGGAGCUUCAUGGGAAGCAUUAUCUCAUAGUCAUCGACAGCUUUAGCAAGUGGCCAGACGUGAGGACUAUGACAACAACGACUGCAGACAAAACGAUAGACGCUCAGAGACAUCUUCACUCAAAAUGGGCUCCCUGA